AUGGCGCGGAAAUUUUUCAUGAAUCUGCUCGAAGAGCACGAGUUCUCCGCCGGCCCCCUCUCCAUCCUCCAGACCGCCGUCCGCUCCCACACCCAGGUCCUCAUCUCCAUCCGCAACAACCGCAAGCUCCUCGCCCGCGUCAAGGCCUUUGACCGUCACUGCAACAUGGUGCUCGAAAACGUCAAGGAGAUGUGGACGGAAACUCCGCGGUCAGCCAACGGCAAGAAGGGGAGGCCCGUGAACAAGGAUAGGUUCAUCAGCAAGAUGUUCCUCCGAGGCGAUAGCGUUGUCCUCGUCCUUCUCAGCUAA